GUCUACUUGACACUUGCAAAAUAAAUAGCCGGAGUCGUCAGUGAGUUGCAAUAAUUUUCUCAAUUAGUUUUUGCAACACUCACACAUUUUUUGGGCGUGUGAUCAUUUCGCCUGCAUCUUCAAUUUAUUACAAACAUCUGUCUUCAGACGAAGCUUGUGCACAACACGACGCCUGCAGUCAGAGCUCCUUCAAUCGCAACUGAUACCGGUAUAUUCUGUACAACAACGCAAAAUGGGUCGUUUGGGUAAGGUUGAUCCUAGCUCCUAUUCGCAGUCGGAGUUGGUAACCACGGAGCACAGUGCCAUCAAUUGGAAAGUGGACUUUGCAGACACCAAGUUGCGCGGCAGUGUCCAGCACAGAUUCAACGUGCUGUCCAGCAAUCUGGAUAAGAUUCUGCUGGAUGUGCGUGAUAUUGAGGUGAAGAAUGCCACGUUGCUGGCUGGCGGCUCUGAAGUGCCCAUCAAUUACUUCAUCAGCGAUCCCGUGGCCGACAUUGGCCAGAAGUUGACUCUGGAGCUGCCAGCUGGCACCGCAAAGGGCAGCCUGAACGUACGCAUUGAUUAUGAGACAGCAAGCAAUGCUAGUGGCCUGCAAUGGCUAAAACCCGCCCAGACGCUGGGUAAACAGCAUCCGUACAUGUUCUCACAAUGUCAGUCCAUUCAUGCCCGAUCUGUGAUGCCUUGCCAGGACACGCCCGCCGUCAAGUUUAGCUAUGAUGCUAUUAUUGAGCAUCCCACAGAACUGACCGCCUUGAUGAGUGCUGUGAUUGACAAGAAGGAAUCGGGCAAGACGCACUUUAAGCAAUCGGUGCCAAUCCCAGCUUAUUUGGUCGCCAUUGCCAUUGGCAAGCUCGUGUCGCGUCCAUUGGGUGAGAACUCAAAUGUAUGGGCUGAGGAGGGUAUUGUCGAUGCCUGUGCCGAGGAGUUUUCGGAAACAUCCACCAUGCUGAAGACAGCCUCGGAUAUAUGUGGUCCAUACGUAUGGAAGCAAUACGAUUUGCUGGUGAUGCCGCCCUCCUUCCCUUAUGGCGGCAUGGAGAAUCCUUGCUUGACUUUUGUCACACCAACUCUGCUGGCGGGCGACAAGUCGCUGGCCGAUGUGGUGGCCCAUGAGAUUGCGCACAGCUGGACGGGCAAUCUGGUGACUAACAAGAACUUCGAGCACUUCUGGCUGAACGAAGGCUUUACAGUGUUUGUCGAGUCCAAGAUUGUGGGACGCAUGCAGGGCGACAAGGAGCUGGACUUCAAGAUGCUUAGCAACCUAAUCGACCUGCAGGAGUGUUUGCGUUGCCAACUUUCGGGGACACCCGAGCUGACCAAACUGGUUGUCGAUUUGAGUAACUGUGGACCCGAUGAUGCCUUCUCCUCGGUGCCUUAUAUGAAGGGCUCCACAUUCCUGCGCUAUCUGGAGGAUUUGUUUGGCGGUGCCGCCGUCUUUGAGCCUUUCCUACGCGAUUAUCUGAAGAAGUUUGCCUACAAAUCAAUUGAAACAGAUGACUUUAAGGGCGCCCUUUACGAUUAUUUCAAGGACUCGGAGCAGAAGGAUAAACUGACCGCUGUCGACUGGGAUCUGUGGCUCAAUGGUGAGGGAAUGCCACCUAUUAUACCCAAGUUUGAUGAAUCCCUAGCAAAUGUCAUCAAGGAUCUGUCGAAUCUGUGGAGCACCAAGACCGUCGAUCAAUUGACCAACAAUCCGGACAUAAAAAAACCCAUUUCCGUACAUCAGCAGAUUGCAUUUUUGGGUAAACUAAUUGAAACCAAGGACAUUGUUGAAUUGAAUGAGCAAAAGAUUGAUCUUUUGGAAAGCACAUACAAUCUGAAGCAGUCGAAGAACGCAGAGUUGCGCUUCCGCAUUAAUCGUUUGAUUAUACGUGCACGCCUUAUUCAACGUCUGGACGAGAUUAUCAAGUUUGCCAACUCGAAUUUCCGCAUGAAGUUCUGCCGACCCAUCUAUCGUGAUCUUGCUGCCUGGCCAGAGGCCAAGCCGAGGGCUGUGGAGAAUUUCUUGAAAGUGAAGGAUGAAAUGAUGUCCAUGUGCGCGCACACCGUUGAAAAGGAUCUGGGAUUGAAAUAGACCCUCCCCCCUCGAGUUGUAAAUUAUUUGAAUACCCUGCAUUUUUGAAUUUAAAAUUAAAAAGAAGUAAUUUGUUAGUAACUAUA